GUUUAUAAAAAUCAAAAAAAGAAAAAUUAAAAAGAAAAAGAAAAAAAAGGAAGGGGGCUGUUCUUGGGUCAAUGUCGAUCACCGUCUUCCGCUGAUCGCCCAGCUAAUGUCAAGGAGAAAUAACUGAUCCCAGAUCAGUGUCUAUGUCUGCGUCACGCCCCCUCUCUCCUCCCGACUUCCCGCGCUGUUUGGCCUCGCGAUAGCCUCGCCUACUGAGCUAAUCAAAGCCCCGCUCGAAGAAGCGGAUGCUGACAUCGGUCAUCAUGCGAGGCUUCCACCGGACUCCCUCCGCCGAGCCUCCCAGGAAGACGCUCCUCCACCCGGACUACAACUUCCGAGGCGUCUCGCCAAGCACCGCAUAAAGUCACGGCCCCAUGGACGAGCUGCACAGCCUGGACCCCCGGAGACAGGAGCUGCUGGAGGCCAGGUUUACAGGCGCUGUCAGUGGCAACACGGGAGGCAGCGCUGGGAGCAUGAGUGGAGGUGCCAAGGGUCUGGCCAACGAGUCCUCCAACCACAGCUAUGGAAGUCUUGGCUCAUCCAGCGACAAGGAGUCCGAGACCCCAGAGAAGAAGCACUCCGAGUCAUCCAGAGGGAGGAAAAGGAAAGCUGACACAUAUUCAGAGAGCAGUCAAGGGAAGACCUCGACCCGUGGGCCUAAGAUCAGCGACUACUUCGACUUUCAGGGGGGAAAUGGCUCCAGUCCAGUCAGAGGCCUGCCGUCAGCCCGCCGCUCCCCACAGAGCUCCCACUCUGCACCAGGCUCAAUUAUCCGACAAAACAGCUCCUCCCCCACCAGCUUGUGCUUUGGGGAACACAAUCCCAAAUCCAGUAAAUGUGUCCAGACGGAGUUAACAGCACUGAAACUUGCUGCUCUGGAGAGCAACAAGAAUCUGGACCUGGAAAAGAAGGAGGGACGAAUAGAUGACCUUCUCAGGGCUAACUGUGACCUGCGGAGACAGAUCGAUGAACAGCAAAAACUCCUGGAGAAGUACAAGGAGAGACUCAACAAGUGCAUUACUAUGAGCAAGAAGCUUCUCAUAGAGAAGAGCACCCAGGAGAAGCAGUCGUGUCGUGAGAAGAGCAUGCAGGACCGUCUCCGUCUCGGCCACUUCACCACCGUGAGACACGGAGCCUCCUACACGGAGCAGUGGACCGACGGAUAUGCAUUCCAGAACCUGAUCAAGCAACAAGAAGGCAUUAACCAACAGAGAGAGGACAUUGAGCGUCAGAGGAAGCUGCUAGCCAAGAGGAAGCCUCCGAACCCCGCCUCGCCCUCCCUGUCUUUGGCCGCCUCCUCUGAAGCCAAGCAGAGAAAGACCAAGGUGGUCAACGGCAACGAUUCCGACCCCUUCCUGAAGCCCUCGCUGCCCCAGCUACUGACCCUAGCUGAGUACCACGAGCAGGAGGAGAUCUUCAAGCUACGCCUUGGACAUCUGAAGAAGGAGGAGGCUGAGAUCCAAGCAGAGCUGGAGCGAUUAGAGCGUGUGAGGAAUCUUCAUAUCAGAGAGCUGAAGAGGAUAAACAAUGAGGACAGCUCAGCGUUUAAAGAUCAUCCCACUCUGAACGAACGCUACCUUUUACUGCACUUGUUAGGCAGGGGCGGCUUCAGCGAAGUUUACAAGGCCUUUGACCUGUUUGAGCAGCGCUAUGCAGCUGUUAAAAUCCACCAGCUCAACAAGAACUGGAGGGAGGAGAAAAAAGAGAACUACCACAAGCAUGCAUGCAGAGAGUACCGCAUACACAAGCAGCUGGACCAUCCCAGAAUAGUCAAACUGUACGACUAUUUCUCCCUGGAUACUGACACGUUCUAUACCGUGCUGGAGUUCUGCGAAGGCAACGACCUGGAUUUCUACCUGAAGCAAAACAAGCUGAUGUCAGAGAAGGAGGCGCGCUCCAUCGUCAUGCAGAUCGUCAGCGCCCUGCGGUACCUCAACGAGAUCAAACCUCCCAUCAUCCACUACGACCUCAAGCCUGGUAAUAUAUUAUUAGUGGAUGGAACUGCGUGCGGGGAAAUCAAAAUCACAGACUUUGGAUUGUCAAAGAUCAUGGAUGAUGAUAACUACGGCGUGGAUGGGAUGGACCUCACGUCCCAGGGAGCCGGGACGUACUGGUACCUCCCUCCAGAGUGUUUUGUCGUGGGAAAGGAGCCGCCAAAAAUUUCCAACAAGGUGGAUGUCUGGUCUGUGGGCGUGAUCUUCUUCCAGUGCCUCUAUGGGCGCAAGCCGUUUGGUCACAACCAGUCUCAGCAAGACAUUCUCCAGGAAAACACCAUUCUCAAAGCCACUGAGGUCCAGUUCCCUGCUAAACCCCAGGCCAGCACAGAGGCCAAGGCGUUUAUCCGCCGCUGCCUGGCCUACCGUAAGGAGGACCGCUUUGACGUGCACCAGCUGUGCUCGGACUCCUACCUCCUGCCGCACAUAAGGCGCACAAACUCGUCCAGCGCCCUGCAGCCGGCCGCCUCAUCGCUCGCCUCCUCGCUCACCACCUUCUGAUCGCCUCCCGAGGUACGCCCGCCCGACCGACCCGUGCGGCCCCCCGUGGGGCAGGAUGGAGGGAAAUGUGGAUUUUUAACGUGAAAAACCAGAGCGCUUCCAGAAAAGGAUGAGUUAGCAGAGAGUGUUAAAGAUCCUGCUUGAAGUAUGAACGCUGCAAUAAGAGCAAGAUGGAUGUUCAUUGACUAACUUCCACUUCAUAAGGUAAGUGUGGGAGAGACCCAGGCCUGCGAGGACGAUGACUUGGAGACGUGCAUCUCAUUGUCAAAAAAAAAAAAUCCAGAUAAAAAACAAUCUGGAGUUGAUUUGCACUUCCCACUCAGAUUGUGACUUUUUUUGUUGUGAAGCCAGAAAAGUUCCUUGGUCCACAUUUUUAAUUUGUGUUGCCACGUGCGUGUAUGUGUCAUCCACUUCCUCGCUUCUUACUCCCGGAACCUUGCUGCUGCACGUGUUGCCCGAACGUGUCACCCCUUUAUCUUUUGGCCAUCCGCACGCAUUAUUGUUUGGCUUCCAUGUGGAGGGGAACGCUUGUAAACAGAAACAGAAAGUACACGUUUACACUGCACACCACAUCUGAUUUAUUUGCACAGAUUUUUUCCUGCCAGUCUAAACGCUCCAAAGUGUUUCAAAUCUGAUCUUUUGGCUUCAGGAAGUAGUCCUGAAUCUGAUCUUUUCAAAUGUGACUUCAGACUAAACGCAUUGUGUGAGUGAGUGAAUUAUAUUUAUAUAGCGCUUUUCUCUAGUGACUCAAAGCGCUUUACAUAGUGAAACCCAAUAUCUAAGUUACAUUUAAACCAGUGUGGGUGGCACUGGGAGCAGGUGGGUAAAGUGUCUUGCCCAAGGACAAAACGGCAGUGACUAGGAUGGCGGAAGCGGGAAUCGAACCUGCAACCCUCAGGUUGCUGGCAAGGCCACUCUACCAACCGAGCUAUGCCGGCCCCCAUUGUGACCUGAAUGUGAUUUUUUUUUUACUGUUAGGGUGUCAAAGUCAAGGCCUGCAAAUGAGUGAUUUAUGGCCCCCGGCAUAUUUGAUUAGUAUUAGAAGUGGCCCUUGCUGCUGUUUGGCACGCACCAAUACUCUAUCAGUGUAGUAACUUUCAAAAAAGGGACCCCAUCAAGUCAUAAAAAUGGGGCCCCUCGGUAAAUUUUUGGAGUCCCACUUUUUUGUAAGCGUUUUGAAAACAAAUGAUAAAUGUAUGCAUUAUCCUGUUAAAAGUUAAAGUACCAAUGAUUGUCACACACACACACACACACACACACACACACACACACUAGGUGUGGCGAAAUCAUUGACCCAUCCCCCUUGAUCACCCCCCGGGAGGUGAGGGGAGCAGUGGGCAGCAGCAGUGUCCACGCCCGGGAAUCAUUUUUGGUGAUUUAACCCCCCAAUCCCAAUGGGUCCCAUUUUUUUAGUCUUUGGUAUGACUCAGCCGGGGUUUGAACUCCCAACCUACCCAUCUCAGGGCGAACACUCUAACCACUAGGCCACUGCGUAGGUCAUAACUCACAUCCUAUAUUGUGUUCUGGAAAAAGGUUGUCAUAAACGUUAAUUCGUUAAAAAAAAAAUACAAAAGAAAACAUUUUUAUGUAUAUGUAUUCAAUUAUAAACAUCCAUUCACUUUCCUCUUUCCUUCAUGGAUCUAAACUUAACUUUUUUUCUAUAUUUUUAUUGUAAUAUUUUCAGAAUGGAUUUGUUUCUUUGUCUUAUUUUGGCCAAAAAUAGAACAAUCUGACGUUAUUUUUUUAGUUUUAAUGCCAUGAUUUUAAUAGUCGAGCACAGAUUUUCCUCCUGAGCUAAAUUGAGUUUGACACCUCAGCUUAGGGCGAGCUACGUCACUUGCGUGCGCCGGCCGGAAAAGACGCAGUCGCCACAGGAAGUGAAUAUUUCAUCACGACGUUCGGUCUCGGUGAGCAUAAGUCUAUUUAGGACCACAUUUUCGGUGCGUCGCUUGUCAAUAGUGCACAAAUAAUAGCCUACUGUAUUUUUCAAAGUAUAAGUCGCACGGGCCAAAAAUGCAUAAUAAAGAAGGAAAAAAACAUAUAAGUCGCACUGGAGUAUAAGUCGCAUUUUUUGGGGAAAUGUAUUUGAUAAAAGCCAACACCAAGAAUAGACAUUUGAAAGGCAAUUUAAAAUAAAUAAAGAAUAGUGAACAACAGGCUGAAUAAGUGUACGUUAUAUGAGGCAUAAAUAACCAAUUGGUAUAUUAACGUAACAUUAUGGUAAGAGUCAUUCAAAUAACUAUAACAUAUAGAAUAUGCUAUACGUUUACCAAACAAUCUGUCACUCCUAAUCGCUAAAUCCCAUGAAAUCUUAUACGUCUAGUCUCUUACGUGAAUGAGCUAAAUAAUAUUAUUUGAUAUUUUACGCUAAUGUGUUAAUAAUUUCACACAUAAGUCGCACCUUAGAAAAACUGCGACUUAUAGUCCGAAAAAUACAGUAUGUAUUCAGUUAUAAACAUUCAUUCACUUUCUUCUUUCCUUCAUAAGACAAAAAAGGAUCUAGGCACUAUAGAACAAGUACCGCAAGGGAACAUUGAAAGAUUAAUGAAAAAAUUCAACUAAGUUAAGUAAAUAAAAGAUUAAACCUUGUACCUUUUGCAUCAUGAGUUAACUAGUAUAAUUUAAGCAAAGAGUACUUUAGUUUAAAACUUUCCUUUUUAAAAAAAAGAUUUUUAUAGUCAAAUUUUCAGGAUGUGUUUGUUCUAUUUUUGGCCAAAAUAAGACAAAAGAAAACAAUCUGAAGUUAUAUUUUUAGUUUUAAUGCCAUGAUUUUAAUAGUCAAACACAGAUUUUCCUUUAUGUGGCCCCUGAGCUAAACUGAGUUUGACACGCCCGAGCUACAUCACUUGGAAAAGACGCAGUCGCCACAGGAAGUGAAUAUUUCAUCUCGGUUUCGGUGAGCAUAAGUCUAUUUAAGACCACAUUUUCGGUUGCAUCGCUUGUCAAUAGUGCACAAAUAAUAGCCUACAUGUAAUGUAAAUAUAUAUUUUGAUUCUGAAGAAAUUAUUGAAAGACUGGAAUUGAUGCUGUGGCACAUUUGUUUACAUGUGAGUUGAAAAAUAAAGCUACUCCUCUACUUAACAGCCAUAACAAGAUUAUAACCCUCCCAAAUAUAUCACACUAUAGACCAAAAGUUUGGACACACUUUCUCAUUUUCAUGACUAUUUACAUUGUAGAUUGUCACUGAAUACAUCAAAACUACCGGUAUGAAUGAACACAUGUGGAGUUAUGUACUUAAAGGGGAACAUUAUCACCAGACCUAUGUAAGCGUCAAUAUAUACCUUGAUGUUGCAGAAAAAAGACACUAUAUUUUUUAAACCGAUUUCCGAACUCUAAAUGGGUGAAUUUUGGCGAAUUAAACGCCUUUCUAAUAGUCGCUCUCGGAGCGAUGACGUCACAACGUGACGUCACAUCGGGAAGCAAUCCACCAUUUUCUCAAACACCGAGUCAAAUCAGCUCUGUUAUUUUCCGUUUUUUCGACUGUUUUCCGUACCUUGGAGACAUCAUGCCUCGUCGGUGUGUUGUCGGAGGGUGUAACAACACGAACAGGGACGGAUUCAAGUUGCACCAGUGGCCCAAAGACGCGAAAGUGGCAAGAAAUUGGACGUUUGUUCCGCACACUUUACCGACGAAAGGUAUGCUACGACAGAGAUGGCAAGAAUGUGUGGAUAUCCUGCGACACUCACAGCAGAUGUAUUUCCAACGAUAAAGUCAAAGAAAUCUGCUGCCAGACCCCCAUCGAAUCUGCCGGAGUGUGUGAGCAAUUCAGGGACAAAGGACCUCGGUAGCACGGCAAGCAAUGGCGGCAGUUUGUUCCCGCAGAUGAGCGAGCUAAACCCCCUGGAUGUCUUGGCUCACACCGUCCCUUAUGCCACCGAAGAUGAUCAAGAGAAGAAUAUCGACCCUAGCUUCCCUGGCCUGCUGACAUCAACUCCAAAACUGGACAGAUCAGCUUUCAGGAAAAGAGCGCGGAUGAGGGUAUGUCUACAGAAUAUAUUAAUUGAUGAAAAUUGGGCUGUCUGCACUCUCAAAGUGCAUGUUGUUGCCAAAUGUAUUUCAUAUGCUGUAAACCUAGUUCAUAGUUGUUAGUUUCCUUUAAUGCCAAACAAACACAUACCAAUCGUUGGUUAGAAGGCGAUCGCCGAAUUCGUCCUCGCUUUCUCCCGUGUCGCUGGCUGUCGUGUCGUUUUCGUCGGUUUCGCUUGCAUACGGUUCAAACCGAUAUGGCUCAAUAGCUUCAGUUUCUUCUUCAAUUUCGUUUUCGCUACCUGCCUCCACACUACAACCAUCCGUUUCAAUAUAUUCGUAAUCUGUUGAAACGCUUAAGCCGCUGAAAUCCGAGUCUGAAUCCGAGCUAAUGUCGCUAUAAACUUGCUGUUCUAUCCGCCAUGUUUGUUUGUAUCGGCAUCACUAUGUGACGUCACAGGAAAAUGGACGGGUGGUUAAAAUCAUGCACUUUGAAGCUUUUUUUAGGGAUAUUGCGUGAUGGGUAAAAUUUUGAAAAAAACUUCGAAAAAUAUAAUAAGCCACUGGGAACUGAUUUUUAAUGGUUUUAACCAUUCUGAAAUUGUGAUAAUGUUCCCCUUUAACAAAAAAAAAAGGCGAAAUAACCGAAAACAUGGUUUUAUAUUCCAGUUUCUUCAAAAUAGCCACCCUUUGCACACUCUUGGCAUUCUCUCCAUGAGCUUCAAAAGGUUUUCACUUCACAGGCGUGCUUGAGUGUGCAAAGGGUGGCUAUUUUGAAGAAACUAGAAUAAAAAACCUGUUUUCCAUUAUUUCACCUUUUUUUUGUUAAUAAGUACAUAACUCCACGUGUUCAUUCAUAGUUUUGAUGCCUUCAGUGACAAUCUACAAUGUAAAUAGUCAUGAAAACAAAGAAAACACAUUGAAUGAGAAGGUGUGUUCAAACUUUUGUUCAUACAUUAUAUUACUUUUAUUUACUUUCACCUAAAAAAACGUAUUUUUAAGGUGUUGCGACUUUUAUUUUGUAGUAGAAGCGACUUCCUCCUGGUCCACUUCCUUUGUUUUCACUUCAUAGAAGUGCACAUGCAAGUGACUUUGGGGCCACACUGUUUACACUGGAGUGAUAAUCACAUUUGUCAGGUGGAAAAAAUAAGAUCUAAAAUAAAUAAAAAUCAGAUUUGGGCCUGCAGUGUAAACGUAGUCUUAGAUAAUUGUAGGAAGGAAAGGUGCACAAAACUCCUUCCACUCAAUCUCCUCCUUUUUGUCAUUUGAGCCUUUCGGGAGGUGAGAAGGUUGAAAAUCUGGAUCCUUGUGUCAUGACAGUGAUGGUGUGUCGUAAAGCAACAUGUCGGACCAGACUAGCGGGACGGGGGUCAUGCCAUUCAAAUGCAAUAAAAGAUUGCCUUCAAUGUCUA